AUGAAAGAAAACUAUCGAGAUUUAGAAAAACGAGUUGCAAAAUUUUCCCAAGAAUUUCCAAAAGUGGAAGGACAGCUCGAGAUUCUUGAAGCUCUUGCAAAUACAAUGGAAAAUAGUGACUUCGGCUGGAAUCCUAAAGCCGAUCUGCCUUUGCCCAAUGUAGAUGUGUUUCUAAAUAAGCCUAAGAGUACACCAGGGAAAAAAUUAGGCAAUAGUAGUGCUUAUAAAUUAAAAUUUCUUGAUGUUGACAUUGAUUAG